UUUCAUCCUGCGGGUCUGCGGUCUUUGCUGUUCAGACUAUUGCUCAGUCGGAAUGCUUCUGUGGGGCUGAUCCAGAGGUUCUAUCGAUAUUUUUUAAGGACCUACUCCUUGGGAGAUGUUUGUUGCUGGCAUUUUUCAAGAUUGAGGAACAGAAAAGCAUCUGAAAUCGUCUGAAAAGGAUAACUAGCAGUUUUUACUGUGGAAGGAAACUACUGACACAGAGGCAGAUGAUUGAAUAAAGUAGUUGGCUCAAAGAAGAUGUACAGUCUGCUGUUCUUUCCCCUGAACGAAGCCUAUUUAGUGGAAGCUGUAUUCGGGUGGAGAUCAGAAGAAACACUGGAAUGAUAAACUACUGGGAUUUUUCCCCUUCUUUUUAAUAUGAAAACCCUGAAGCAGUAAUUUGAGCUGAAAUGCCUUCUAAUUCCCUUGCAGCCUGCUUGUUCUAUUAGGAUUCUCCACGGUCACCAUUUCUGCCUGGUGCUUGUGUCCUUUGCUGGAGCAGCCACAGACAGCAGCUGCCUGAUGGAGAAAGAAUGAAAGCUCUGCCUUGCUAAUGCUAUGGAUGGGAAUAAAGCUGUCUGUGUUUCUUCUGUUAUAUGGGAAAUCUGGAUUAAUCAAGCUGUAUUCCUGUACCAAGAGUCCUAUUGUCUUUUGUGGUCUGACUCAUCACGUGUAAAUGUACUGCAGUUUUGCUAUUAAUGCAGAGUGGUUUUUAUUUUUAUUUUUUUCUUUCUUUCCCAAACACAGAAUUGUCAACCUCUGAGCUUCAUUUUCAGAUUUGUGUAGAGCUCUAGAUGUUUUAUUCCUCCCUGGAUUAUAUUCCCAUUAAAUCAGUGAAGCUGAAGGAAUGAAGACAAUUUAGAAGUGGAAACAGAAUAGUGACAUUUUAUUUUUUGUUUUCAGUUGUAAGCAAGCCAGCCUACUAGUAACUAUAUGACCUUGCAGACAAGAGCGGGUGUAGCUGUGGUCAUCUCUGCAACAGCAGUUGUUUCUCAUUUCAUUCUCUGUAGUGUGGUGUUGUUUCACCAAAAAUACUGAUUGUUUUGUACAAGUAAAUUUCAAAGAGAGAGCGAUACAACUAUUUUGGUAGGUAGGGAAAAAUAUUUCUAAAUGAGCUUGUAUUGACUCAGUUUUAAUUACUGACAUGCUGAUGUUUAAGCUUUGUUAAGUGUUCCAGUAACCUGACAGAAAAAUACUAGAAUUUUGUUAUUUUUAUGAAGUUGGAAGUUAUAUAUCAUGAUUUUAAACUUCAGUUUCUCUGAUAGUACUUAUUAACUUCAUAAAAUCAGCUGCACUGCUCAGAGAAUGUUUCUAAGUGUUGUACAGAAGAAGAGGAAAAACUACUUGUACUCUUCCAACUGUGACUUUUAUCGCAUAGCUUGGAAUUUAAUGUUUUAAAAGAACGAAUGAGUCGAGUGUGUAUUGUUGUUUUGGAGGAGGUAGAAGAUGAAUCUCCUGCAUUCAUUUCUAAAUUGCCACAGGAAAAUCAAUCCCUACUUUCUCCACCUUCUGGAAGUGUAUUGCCAUCACUGGUGCAAGCUAUAUUUAACGGAGAUCCUGAUGAAGUUCGAGCACUAAUAUUUAAGAAAGAAGAUGUUAACUUUCAGGACAAUGAAAAGAGAACCCCAUUACAUGCGGCUGCCUAUCUUGGAGAUGCAGAAAUCAUUGAACUGCUUAUUUUAUCUGGAGCUAGAGUUAAUGCCAAAGACAGCAAAUGGUUGACACCUUUACACAGAGCAGUUGCAUCUUGUAGUGAGGAAGCAGUUCAGGUACUUUUGAAGCAUUCUGCAGAUGUAAAUGCUCGAGAUAAAAAUUGGCAAACCCCUUUACAUAUAGCUGCUGCUAAUAAAGCUGUAAAGUGUGCUGAAGCUUUGGUACCUCUUCUUAGUAAUGUAAAUGUGUCUGAUCGAGCAGGAAGAACUGCAUUACAUCAUGCAGCUUUCAGUGGACAUGGUGAGAUGGUCAAAUUACUCUUGUCCAGAGGUGCCAAUAUUAAUGCUUUUGACAAGAAGGAUAGGCGUGCUAUCCAUUGGGCAGCAUAUAUGGGUCACAUUGAUGUUGUGAAAUUACUUGUGGCUCAUGGAGCUGAAGUAACAUGCAAAGAUAAGAAGUCUUACACACCUCUUCAUGCAGCAGCGUCUAGUGGCAUGAUCAGCGUAGUCAAGUACCUUCUAGAUCUUGGAGUUGAUAUGAACGAACCAAAUGCCUACGGAAAUACACCUCUUCAUGUGGCCUGCUAUAAUGGACAAGAUGUUGUAGUGAAUGAACUUAUAGACAGUGGUGCUAAUGUAAAUCAAAAGAAUGAAAAAGGAUUUACUCCUUUGCACUUUGCUGCUGCAUCUACACAUGGAGCAUUGUGUUUAGAACUUCUAGUUGGCAAUGGGGCUGAUGUCAAUAUGAAGAGUAAAGAUGGGAAAACCCCACUGCACAUGACUGCCCUCCAUGGUAGAUUCUCCAGAUCACAAACCAUUAUCCAGAGUGGAGCUGUAAUAGACUGUGAGGAUAAGAAUGGAAAUACCCCUUUGCACAUAGCAGCACGAUAUGGCCAUGAGCUGCUAAUCAACACUCUUAUUACAAGUGGUGCUGACACUGCAAAGUACUGUCCUAUUAACCUUAGGCGUGGCAUACAUGGAAUGUUCCCCCUCCAUUUGGCAGCCUUAAGUGGCUUUUCAGAUUGCUGCAGGAAACUUCUUUCUUCAGGAUUUGAUAUAGAUACUCCUGAUGAUUUUGGCAGGACCUGCCUACAUGCAGCUGCAGCUGGAGGGAAUUUGGAGUGCCUAAACCUUCUGCUGAAUACUGGUGCAGACUUCAACAAAAAGGAUAAAUUUGGAAGAUCUCCACUGCACUACGCUGCUGCCAACUGCAAUUACCAGUGCCUGUUUGCUCUUGUGGGAUCGGGAGCAAGUGUGAAUGACCUUGAUGAAAGAGGCUGCACACCCCUGCACUAUGCAGCUACAUCAGACACAGAUGGCAAGUGCCUGGAAUAUUUAUUAAGAAAUGAUGCAAAUCCAGGGAUCCGGGAUAAGCAAGGAUACAAUGCAGUUCAUUAUUCAGCUGCUUAUGGUCACCGACUGUGUCUUCAGCUGAUUGCAAGUGAAACUCCUUUAGAUGUUUUAAUGGAAACUUCGGGGACAGACAUGCUAAAUGAUACGGACGGCAGAGCAACAAUAAGCCCUUUACACUUGGCUGCAUAUCACGGUCACCACCAAGCCCUGGAAGUGUUGGUACAGUCUUUGUUAGAUCUUGAUGUAAGAAACAGUAGUGGAAGAACACCCUUAGAUCUUGCAGCAUUUAAGGGCCAUGUUGAAUGUGUGGAUGUACUCAUUAAUCAGGGAGCCUCAAUCUUAGUAAAAGAUUACAUUUUGAAGAGAACACCUAUACAUGCAGCAGCAACAAAUGGCCAUUCAGAAUGUUUACGGCUGUUAAUAGGAAAUGCGGAACCACAGAAUGCAGUAGAUAUUCAAGAUGGAAAUGGGCAGACACCCCUGAUGCUAUCUGUUCUCAAUGGGCACACCGACUGUGUAUAUUCACUACUAAACAAAGGAGCAAAUGUAGAUGCCAAAGAUAAAUGGGGAAGGACAGCAUUGCAUAGAGGGGCAGUUACAGGCCAUGAAGAAUGUAUAGAUGCAUUACUUCAACAUGGUGCUAAGUGCUUGCUACGAGAUAGCAGGGGUCGGACGCCUAUACACUUGUCAGCUGCCUGUGGACACAUCGGUGUUCUUGGAGCCCUUUUGCAAUCAGCAUCAUCUGUGGAUGCAAAUCCAGCCAUAGCAGACAAUCAUGGAUAUACAGCACUUCACUGGGCUUGCUAUAACGGUCAUGAGACCUGUGUAGAACUUCUUUUAGAACAAGAAGUUUUCCAGAAAAUGGAAGGAAAUGCUUUCAGUCCAUUGCAUUGUGCUGUGAUAAAUGACAAUGAAGGUGCUGCUGAGAUGUUAAUUGAUACAUUAGGUGCCAGCAUUGUGAAUGCCACAGAUUCAAAAGGAAGAACUCCUCUCCAUGCAGCUGCCUUCACAGACCAUGUAGAGUGUUUACAGUUGCUGCUCAGCCAUAAUGCUCAAGUCAACUCUGUAGACUCUUCUGGGAAAACACCGCUCAUGAUGGCUGCAGAAAAUGGACAGACAAAUACAGUUGAGAUGCUGGUUAGCAGUGCUAGUGCAGAUCUGACCUUGCAAGAUAACAAUAAAAACACUGCCCUCCAUUUGGCUUGUGGCAAGGGUCAUGAAACUAGUGCCUUGUUAAUACUGGAAAAGAUAACAGAUAGGAACCUCAUCAACGCAACCAACGCCGCCUUGCAAACACCUCUGCAUGUUGCUGCCCGAAAUGGGCUGACAAUGGUGGUUCAGGAACUUUUGGGGAAAGGAGCAAGUGUACUUGCAGUAGAUGAAAAUGGCUAUACCCCAGCUUUGGCAUGUGCUCCCAAUAAGGAUGUUGCUGAUUGUCUGGCUCUCAUUUUGGCUACCAUGAUGCCUGUCUCAUCAAGUAGUCCUUUAUCAUCCUUGACAUUCAAUGCCAUUAACCGUUAUACCAACACCUCAAAAACAGUCAGCUUUGAAGCCUUGCCCAUCAUGAGAAACGAACCUAGCUCCUAUUGCAGUUUUAACAAUAUUGGUGGAGAACAAGAGUACUUAUACACAGACGUGGACGAACUCAACGACUCCGAUUCUGAGACCUAUUGAGAGGCUGAGCCAAAGGUCUGGGGGAGAAGUUCUGACACUGAAGCUUCAAACUGUGCUUUUUCAGGAAAAAAGCACUUUCUUGUUCACAUACAAAUUCAACCUAAGAGGAAAGAUCGCAGUGAACGAAAUGUAAGAAAUGUAAUAACAUUAGGAAGAAGAAUUUUAAAGGCAAGUUUUGCAAAAGGAACUUCUAGAAUCUUGAAAUAGACUUGACCAGAGGAAAAUACAUUGAUGUCAAAGUGCUUUGUGGAAUUCUUUAAUUUGGCCUUGCAAUGCCAGAAAUAACUGGGGACACUGUGCACCCUAACCUCCUUACAUAAGCAACACUAUUGUAAAAGAAGAGAUAACACUAGAUUUAAAUUUUAUCGGUAAAAUUACAACUAAAUUUAAUGGCAAUAAAAGUGUGGUACAGUAGGCAUUAUGUGCACAGCAAAUUGCCAAAGGACCAAAUGACUUAAAGAUUUUCUAAUGAAUGACAUUUUGUGGAAACUGGAGUAGGUGAAAUGAGACAUUAUCUAAACCAAACUUCAAUAUUUCUGAAAAUGAAGCCGAGAUUUUGUUUUAAAUGUUGAUUUUUUAAGAGUAAACAUCUGAAAGCCUUCCAAUACUGUAUUAAACCAUGAAAGAAAGCAGAUGUAUUUUUGCAUUUUUUCUUUUACAUAAAAAUUUUAGAAUUCCAAUUUUUAUAAUAUUAGGAUCAAAAACCAGCUGACUGGAUGCAGUAUGGGUGAAAAUCCUUGUGACAUAGACAUGAAAUGGAUUGAGGGUAUGGCUGUCGCCCAGUUUUGAAUGAUUUGGGUAUAAAAUUGAACUAUUUUUGUUUAAGAAGGUAAAGAAUUUCCCAGAAAAAGUUCAUGAAAUCAAAAAGUAGAUUAUUUCACCCUAUUGCAAUUAAGUGGUCCUAGGGAACGGAAUUUUCAACCUCGCUACUCUGGAUGAUACACCUUUGUUCACUUAGGUUAAUUUGUGUGCCUCUACAAUGGGUUGGGGAUUUUUGUUGUCAUUUUUUUUAUCUGAGUUUUGAAAAGUGAAGAAUAAAAAGGAAAAAAUCCCCUGUUAUAACAUUAUCAAAUCUCUUGGAAGGCAUUUCUAUAUUGGGCAAGAUUUAAAAUACAAAAGCCUUGAGGUCCUAUUCAGAUUAAGAGUAGCACGUUUGUAACUUGUUACUAUUUGGAGGGAGAAGCUGUUGCCUGCCAAAUUGAAGACUGCCUUUCAAGUAACAAACAGAAAAGGCUGACAUUUAGGCUUUUAAAUACACUUUAAGUCAUUCUGCUUUUACUGUAACUGUCACUUUCCCAGUUUUUACCUAUGUAGAGGGUUUUAAAGGUCUAAGUAAAAUUCCACAAAUUGCAACAAAAUACCCGAUUUAAUUUUAUCCUUUUUGUAUUGUGAAACUGGAAACUUUAUGACAUUGUAAAUUAUCAGCUGGUUUUUCUGAAUAUAAAGUGUGAAAACACAGAACAGUAUUUUGAUCUAUUUGAUAAUUUUGUGGGGUUUUUGAAGAAUUAAUGAGCAUGUACAUAGGAAUAGUGACUGCUUGAAUACUGUAUUUACUUGCACUCUUUCAGUACAUCAAGAUUCCUGUAUAUUUUAGAGUAUAAUAAAAUACAGAUGUGAGUUGUAUUUAAUGAAUAAUGUAUUUGUAUCUGUGCAUAAUAUCUAAAAAAAUCUAUAAAGUUUCUAGGGCAUUGA